UAAAUUUGAUUGCUGUUGAAAACCAUUUGGUACAAAGUAGAUUAGAGUCCUUUUCACACCGAACCAACAACCAAUAAACAAAUGUCUAAAGACUUUAACAUAUGUUCGCUUUUUAACCGACGUCACAACUGAUAUCACCAAACCAAAACAUCUCUCUGAGAAUCCCUAAAUCCACUUGAAAAAAAUGGCAGAAACCGCGGAAACAAUCAACACCACCGUCUCACCGCCGCAUUCCAAAUCGGAGGGCUCCACCACAUUGCCCGCGACGACGCCGGAUCAGACAUCGGAUGAAACCUCAAAAGCCGCAGAUCUGAAGAAGGAAGAGUCCGUCGCAGAGACGAAGCCAGGAGGAGGCAACUCGCUCCGCAUUUGGCCUCCGACUCAGAAAACUCGCGACGCCGUCUUGAAGCGCCUGAUCGAGACGCUAUCCACCGAAUCCAUCCUCUCCAAGAGGUACGGCACGCUCAACUCCGACGAGGCUUCCACCGUCGCCAAAUCCAUCGAGGAGGAAGCCUACGGCGUCGCGUCCAACGCUGUGUCUGACGACGACGAUGGGAUCAAGAUCCUUGAGGUUUACUCCAAGGAGAUUAGCAAGAGGAUGCUUGAGACGGUGAAGGAUCGAUCUGCAGCCGCCGCCAACAAGGAAGCGGGGGAGGAAGCUGCGAAAGACGAUGAAGCUCCUGAGUCGGAGAAGAGUGAGGCGUAACUCGUUCUUGAUCCUUACCUUAUCUAUUAGGGUUUCGCUAGAUUCGUAUGAGUUUCUCAGAGUUUAUGACGACAGAUCUCUUCUUGUGGAUUUGGUAUUUGCCUAUUUCGUUGCUUGCUCUUGGUUUGGCUUGUUAACGAUUAUGCAAUUAACAAUAAUAUCAUCUGCUUAGUACC